CUUUUGUUGUGUAGUGACUGAAAGGGCGUGCGAUCAUGCACGAGAACUUCAAACCGCACUCAUCAGGAAAAAAAAGGGAGUGUCGGCGCAUAAAGCAACGCCAACCAGCUGCAAAGAUUCAUACGUGAAGUUUGCAUCCAAGAUUGCUUUGGACAUCCCCAACUUCCUACCUUGGUAGAGGCUCCAAGUCCACCCUCAGAAUGAGUUGCGCGGAGCAAGGCGAUGCUGGGAAGUUUCUCAAGCGGUUUCUGGAGGAUUUUCCAAACCCGCUUGGGACGGAGGACCCGCUUCCCAUCAGUCCACUUAGCCGCAAAGUCUCUAUGCAGGAGGUGAAGGGAGAGAGUCUGGAUCUUGGCCUCCGACUGCUCUCAGCCAGAAGUGCCCCAUCCUGGCUGGGUGCAGCGAUGUGCAAUGCUGCUGUCACUGAACUGCUUAAAGAUGACCUUUCACCUCACUACUGCCCCAAAGAUCCUGAACAGCAACCAGAAGAUGAACAGGAAGUUGUUUUGUUGCAGUCUGAGCCAUUGCAGCGCCUCUUUAUUAAUAAAUUGAGAGAGGUGUGUUUGGUCUGGCAGAAACAGCUGCCCAGUCCCGGGUCGUCCUCUUCACGGACACACAGCUGCUCUGUUCACGCCAUUCGAAACACUCGCAGAAAGAUGGAGGACCGUCACAUAAUCCUGAAAGAUUUUAACCAGCUUCUGGGACUGCAGGAUGGUGUGGAUCGAGAGUAUUACGCUGUGUUUGAUGGACACGGAGGGGUGGAUGCUGCCACAUACGCUGCCACUCACCUGCAUAUCGUACUCAGCCAGCAGGAGGCACUAAAAAGCGAUGCUGCCACAGCCUUCAAAAGCUCCUUCACACAAACAGAUGACAUGUUCAAGAUUAAAGCCAAGAGAGAGCGUCUGCGCAGCGGCAGCACUGGUGUGGCGGCUUUACUGACCUCUGAUCGCCUGACUGUCUCCUGGCUGGGCGACUCUCAAGCUAUGCUGGUUCGACAGGGAGAACCAGUGACCCUAAUGGAGCCACACAAACCUGAGAGAGAGGAUGAGAAGAAAAGAAUUGAGGAUCUGGGUGGAUGCAUCGCUUACAUGGGUUGUUGGCGGGUAAAUGGUACCUACGCCGUUUCCAGAGCAAUAGGUGAUUUUGAUCAGAAGCCGUACGUCUCUAACAAAGCUGAUAGCUCCUCGAUCCAGAUGAAUGGGCAUGAAGAUUACAUUCUGCUUGCUUGUGACGGCUUCUUUGACGUGGUUCGGCCUGGGGACGUCCCGGGGCUGGUCCUGGAGGCUCUGAGGGAGGCCGGAGGCUCGGGGGACGAUGUGACCCAGACUCUGGUGACCCAUGCUAAAGCUGCUGGAUCCAGUGAUAACAUCACAGUUCUUUUGGUGUUCCUCAAAGAUCCGCAGCAACUUUUGACCUACGAGACGACUUCCAGAGCAGAGCCAGGAGGAGCUACGGCUGCAGCCACAGGGAUCUGAAAGGUGUUAAUAGGAAUAAAUUGUCCAUGAUAGAAGCAAAUCAGAGGACCAAGAGUAUCUGAUGGUCUGUUCAUCAUCUGGAAUGAUAUUUUAAAGAGUUGUUGAAUUUGAAAAGAAUAUGCGAUAAUUGAGGUCAUCCGAAACGAGUCCAGUCAUGCAUUCAGAAGAAAGCUUCGAACGCAGGUGAAAGAAAGGCGUUUCCUCGUUUGUUUUUUCCAAGAAUGUCUGAUCCUUGGUCAUUUAUUAACUCUCUUUGUUGCUACCUUUGAACUUGCCUUCAUUUUUAACCAACAUGUUUCCAUCUUUUAACUAUUUGCCUUGUUUUUACCAGCUUAUAUACAUUUACUGUUGCUUAAAGGGAUAGUUAUGUGAAAAAUUAAAAUCCUGUCAUCAUUUACUCACCCUCAUGUCAUUCCAAACCUGUAUGGCUUUAAUUUUUUGUGUGUAACAUAAUAUGGAACAUAAUAGAUAUUUUGUUUGUUGAAAAAUAUUGGUAACCAAACCAUUCCGGUUCCCAUUGACGUCCACUCUAUGGACAAAAAAUACAAUGGAAGUCAAUGCCAAAACUGUUUAGUUACCAACAUUCUUCAAAA